GUAUUAAUUUGUAUACUACCUAGGACAUGUUAAAGAUCACCCGUACAAAGGAUCGUACUGUACUGUAUCGAUUUUCCGCGGUAAUUGUGAAAAUGGCUGGCCUAGCUUUCAUCGCCGCCUAAAUAAUUAAGUGGAUAAAACUUUAUAAAUAACACUUGUUUACUAGAUUAUGUAAAUAUAAUAUUCUUCAAAUGAUCAGUGUAAAUAGAUGUUUCGUUACAGUUGAUGGUUUAAAAGGCAUUUGAGAGGAAUAAUCACAAUGCAGUCAUUUGUUUUUAAAUUAAUAUUUUUAUUCUUGGUUAUUAUACAAUGGUUUAGUGUCGAUGCAAAUGCUUCCCAAAACAAGAGUUCCCACCAUCUCCGGAGGCUAGGAGACGAUGGGUAUUUCAAGUCGAAGCCUUCAUACCGAUCCUUUCAGCCAGUUUCCAUCAGAUAUCACAAGUCAACGUACCCUAGAGCUGAUGAUCGGUCGGAUUACGAUAUAACUUCCUAUGACACGGAGUAUGGGGGCGUUGUGUCCAACUUUACGUCUUCCAUUUACGAUGAUAACCCUCAGCUGUAUCCUAAUCCUGAGUUCGUAGCUAGGAGUAAUCAAGUGAUAAGCAAAAAUUCUGAAAACAAAGUAGAUCCUGAGCCAGAUUUACCAGACGAUUCCUUAGCUGAUGCGGAUUUGAAAGAACACAAUAUCAUAGACAGCGUGACCUAUCUGUAUGGUUUUAAUAACUGCCACGGUGUUAGGAACGAGUGGAUGAUAUUGAUUUUCAUAACGAGCGGAAUAGCAGUGGUACUUCUUAUUAGCGCCGUGAUGUGGCUCAUGUGGAGCGAGUACGCGGCCGAGUUCCGUCGCAGCAGUAAGCUGUACCCCAUCAAUAUCAACUUGUGCUGCUGUUUAGCUGCCUGCACUAUUAUUUAUAUCCAGGCUGUCAUGGGUGUCUCCUCCCCCUCUCAAUGCGAGAGGAUAGCUCUUCUCCUGCACUACACGCACGUGUCCUGUGCAAUGUGGAUAGUGGCCCUCGCGGCUGCAGUCGCCGAGUACUGCGCCUGUGAUACCCUGUUGCCUCUCAAAUAUAACUAUCUGCUGGCCUAUGGUGUCCCUGCUGUCGUUGUUAUGUUUAACUACGCUCUAUCAAUGGAGCAUUAUGAAAUUAAGCACUACUGUUGGAUGUCUAUAGAAAAAGGAAUGGUCAUGGGUUUCAUGGUACCAGCCAUGAUUCUAAUCCUCAUCAAUACAGCCAUCAUUAUAUUAGGCUUGCAAAGUGUCAAUAAAAAGCAAGCAGAAACUCUAACAGCGAAGAUACAGGAAUUAGUAGACCAUCAUAUAGCGAAUUGGCCUAAAACUGAUCAAAUGGACGAUAAAAAUGGCAGUAUUGAUACUUUAGAUAAUAUUUAUACACCGGGCAGUAGUAGGAAGAAUACAGAUAGUUCAGAAACAUUGGAUAAAGAUUACAACGGGAGUGAAGACGAUUGUCACUAUGUGAAUAUGGCAAUACCGGAAAACGCUGAAACUGGCAGUGAGCCCAAUUUAGCUCAAGCCGCAAAAGCUAUGCAUGACAAGAGUCUCCUUAACAUGCUGUACAUGGAUAAUGUAUCGUGGAAAUGGACUUGGAACACAGAGGGCAACGAACUGAAGACAUAUCUUAACUUAUGUCUGGUCCUGGAGCCAUUUUUUGCCAUCAACUGGGUGAUGGGCGUUGUGGCUAUUGAGAACGCGGCUCAUUGGUCCACACCUACAAUUUACUUGAUACUGGUCGUCGCUAUGUACAUAUACUUAACGACGACAAUAUGUACAACGUUACCUAUUGUGAAGCCGAAAACCACUACACCGUGCUGCGAAGCCGUCAUCAGUGAACCUACGCUUACACGAAAUAGGACCACAGACAGCAUUCCACUGCUAGAUCCCACAAUCCAGCAACCGAUUGUCACUCCGGCACCAGCGGACACCAUAAGUACCAUAAGCAUUUAAUUAAAAGUUUUCCAAAAUUCGGUGUCGUCAGUCCAGUCGUAAACACGACUUUAUGUGUUGCACCAUAAGAUUGAGAGUCGUUUGGCCAACGAUUCAGAAUUUCAAGCCCUGCAUAGCACUGGUUUUCAAAAUGAUGCGUUUUGGAACGAAUUGUGGGAUGAAAAUGAGAGAUAUCAAUAUGCCUAAUAGUAAAGUGAGGCAAAAUACUUACAGCACCAACAGUUUAAAUUGUUGCUUAAUAUUAUUAAGGCAUUGUUGGAGUGAAGAGCUUUUUAAAUGGUUUGAAGUGUAAAGAAUCUCAAUGGUGAUCUGUUGAUAGAACAACGUUAACUACAUGAUUAAAAAAUAUUUGCAUUGACUAUGCUGUAACCAGAGUGUUAUAAUAUUAAUGGCUCUAAUCAGGUAAUUUUAUUUAUUAUAUGAGGAAUUGAAAAAUAUAUUGAAUACUACCAUUCUUCUUCUGAGAAUUAACUGGCAACUCAAGAAUGUUGUCAGACUUUUAAUUUCAUUUUCCUCUCGUUUGCAUAAAAAUGCAAGCCCUGAUUUUAAGUAUUCAUUUAUUCAAUAAAAUACUAAAACCAAUUUUAACGACGCUAGCUAACGCCAUUUAAUUAUGCUAUUUUAAGUGAUUUUCAAAACGGCUAUAUAAUAGUGAUUCAUUUCGCGAUGAAAUACCUACCUAAUAAAAUAAGCGCGUACGUUAAGAAUACGAAUGAAAUUAAGGAUAUUACAAUGUGCGAUGGGGAUUAUAAUUCUUAGGGCCAACUGUAAUAAGGAAUUGUGUCUUCUUAUCUUAAUUAUAACUUAAAAUAUGUCUUAUUAUUCAUAUCUGAAUAGUGUAACGUAGAUAUACUGUAACCCUGAAUAAUUCAGAACAGUAUAAUAAUUCUCUCCAAAGAAAUGCAUUUACAAUUUAUUCAUUAAUGUUAUUCGACUUAAAUGUGAUUCAUAAAAGGAGUUUAAAUAAUAAAAAAAUGGUUUUAGACUGCAAUUAAUGUAUGAUAAAGAAUUGAAUUUUACCGUAAUAUGUAUAUUUUAAUAUAUGAUGACUGCUCUAAUCUUACCAGUCCUAUUGUGACUUAUAUGAAUUGAAGUCAAUGCUUACCUACCUAAUAAAUGAUCAGUCAUCAUAUUUUAAAAGGAGAUAAGGGAUAAAUAUGGCGUAGAUAUUCAUUUAAAAGCUUUUGUUUUAGUUCCGAAAGUUUUAAGCAUUUUACGGAUCGAAAAACCAAUAAAAGGAGUGACAAUUUAUAUUCAAAACGCACACAACCAUAAUGGUCAGUAUUCCAGGGCAAAAUAAAUAAGAAAAUUAUAGAUCUGAAUGCAAAGAUUACCCGGUAGUAGCGAUAAAAACACCGGUCAUUUAAAAUGUCACUGCUUUUAUUGAGAAAAAAAAAAUACAGACUAGAUUUUAUAAUCUAUCAAUAAGGACUUUUCUACCGCAAAGUUUACUUAGUAUAAGUUAUGGUAAUUACCGACGAUAUAUAAUUUUAAUUUACUCUUCAACUAAUACCACAUUUACCUACAGGCAAGGUCACAGUGCUGACAAUAAAUACAUAAACUUAAUAUAAAUAAUCUACAUUUACUUUAUAUUUAUUAAGAAUCAAAGAAUGGGCGUAGCGAAACAUAAGUAUUAACACAAAGACCCCCAUACUUUAUCCGGAGUUUCCAUUGGAUAGGUAUCGACAAUAAAUCUUAAAUAUAACACUGCCCGAUCUUUUAAUAGCUACGCCCAUGUU